CGGCGAGGCAGGCGGUGGCGGAGGCUCCUGCAGCGGUCGCUGGCGGUGGGGUGGGGAGCAGUUCUGCGCCCCUCGGACCCGACCCUUUCAGCGCUCUGCUCCCGCUCCAGCCUACCUCGCUCCUCGGCACCAUGACCACCACCACCACCUUCAAGGGAGUCGAUCCCAACAGCAGGAAUAGCUCCCGGGUUUUGCGGCCUCCAGGAGGUGGAUCCAAUUUUUCAUUAGGCUUUGAUGAACCAACAGAACAGCCUGUGAGGAGGAACAAAAUGGCGUCUAGCAUCUUUGGGACACCUGAGGAAAACCCUCCUUCAUGGGCCAAGUCGGCAGGUGCCAAGUCUAGUGGUGGCAGAGAGGAUUCUGAGUCAUCUGGACCCCAGAGAAGGAACUCCUCUGAAGCGAACGCUGGAGACUUCUUAGAUCUGAAGGGAGAAGGCGACAUUCAUGAAAAUGUGGACACAGACUUGCAGGCCAGCCUGGGGCAGAGUGAGGAGAAGCCCGUGCCUGCUGCGCCUGUGCCCAGCCCAGUGGCUCCGGCCCCGGUGCCAUCCCGAAGAAACCCCCCUGGCGGCAAGUCCAGCCUUGUCCUGGGUUAGCUCUGAUUCUCUCGAACUCUGUCGUUUUGUUUGUUUGUUUUCUCCAUGCUUGUGAACUGCACAACUUGAGCCUGACUGUACAUCUUUUGGAUUUGUUUCAUUAAAAAAGAAGCACUUUAUGUACUGCUGUCUUUUUUUUUUUUUUUCAAAGAACAGGUUUCUCUUUAUCUGUCCUGAUUCCUCUGGGUCUGUAGGCCAUGGCAUGAGUGUUUUCUAGUAGUAGAUUGGAGGGAAAGUUUUGUGACACUUAGUACAGUGUUUUUAAGAACAAUUUGGUUCCAAAUGUGUUAGAGGAUCUUUUGUACUGAGGUUUUUAAAACCCUUUUCUUGUCAGCUUUACUUGGGUUUACCAAGCCUUGAUUGGACAGACCAGUGAACAGUCCACAGGCGCACCGUUCCUUCAGGCCCCCAAACAGGGUUGUCUUUAUGCCAAACCUACUUGUUGUUGGCUUACCUUGUCAGUGCCCUCUGCUAAAAGCAUCUUCCUGUGCCAUAUGGAACAGUAGAGGCCUGUGCCUCAUGCCUUGCUGCCUGCAAAGCAAAAAACUGCCUUUUUAAUUUUUGAACCUUAAGAAGUAAGCCAGAUACUAACUCGACUAGCUGAUGAGCUAAGCCCGCUGCUUUCAUGCAGAGGAAGACUUUGAUGUAUGCUCAAACUGACAAAUUCCAAGUGGUAAGCAAGCAAGGGCAGUGACCACACAGAAGUGGGUCUUCGUGGUGAACAGACCCCAAGGGGGCAGUGCUCUUCUUAGGUAACUUGAAGCUGUGUGCAUGAUGCUGGUGCUUGACCAUGAACUGAAAUCUCAUCCUUAAAAUGUGUGUUGUACUUCACAAUCCUGGACUGUUGCUUAAAGUAAACAAUGUACAAAUUUUGAAA